ACUGAAAUGCUUAAGAAAUUUCGACAAUGGUCACCAAUCACGAGUUGUUGCUGUGGAAUUCUAAAGGACAUGGUCAUCCGAAAUCGGUGCUAAAUUGUAUUACUUGGCCAGUCGAUGGGAUGAUUUGGAGCUUUAUGGAUACCUGGUGAUGGUGUAGGAGAUCCUUUUGAUGCAACACUUACACUUGCUUCUGAAGCUGCUCGUCUUGGGGUGACUUUCAUAGAAAACUGUUCUGUCCAGAAAAUAGUAACAAAUGACAAGCAUGAGGUUCGAGGCGUGGAGACUAACAAGGGCCUUAUUACAUGUGAAUACUUUGUAAAUAGUGCUGGGCAUUGGGCAAAUCAUAUCGGAAGAAUGAGUUAUCCUAGAGUCAAAGUUCCCUUGUAUCCUUGUGAGCAUCACUAUCUUCACACUAUGCCUGUAGAAGGAAUUGAUCCUAAUAUGCCAGUAAUUCGAGAUUAUGAUGGUUAUUUCUAUAUUCGUGAAAAAAAUGGAAGCUAUCUGGCUGGUGGAUUUGAACCUAUUUCAAAGCCUUUAGAUUUGAAAGAAAUGGAAUAUCCAACUUCUUUCAAACCACUUGCGGAAGACUGGGAUCAAUUUCAUACAUUGUUAGAACAGGUGCUUUUCCGUAUACCAUCACUUGGUAGAGUAGAAGUUGAAAGUUUGUGUAAUGGACCCGAGAGUUUCAGCCCAGAUUGUAAAUUACUUCUUGGAGAAGCACCUGAGGUGAAAAAUUAUUUUGUGGCAACUGGCAUGAAGGCUACUGGAAUGGAAUCUGCAGGAGGAGUUGGAAAGGUAACAGCUGACUGGAUUGUAAAUGGUGAACCACGAAUGAAUGUUUGGGAUGUUGACAUCAGAAGAUUCCUUGGGCUUCACAAUAAUCCUUUGUUUCUGCGAGACCGAAUGGUUGAAGUUCCUGGCCUGCAUUACAAAGUAAGAUAUCCAAGCUCUGAGUUUCGCACUGGAAGAAAUAUCCGAAUGUCUCCCAUUUAUCCUCGUUUAAAAGCUGCUGGGGCUAUGUUUAGUCAGUCUAUGGGCUAUGAGAGACCUUGUUAUUUUCGUACAGAUAUGGCUGAUUCUGAUCCGAAUGAAACUGAAGUGGAGGUUAAUCCAACAACAUUUUAUAAGCCACCAUGGUUUGAUUAUUUGGAAUCGGAGUAUAUGGCCUGUCGCAGAAAGGUGGCUCUUUUGGAUUAUUCUUCCUUUACAAAACUUGAAGUCUGGUCUCCAGGAAGAGAAGCUUUAGAUCUGCUGCAGUAUUUAUGUUCAAAUAAUGUGGAUAUUCCUAAAAAUGCAAUGGUUCACACUGGAAUGCAGAAUAAAUAUGGUGGAUAUGAGAAUGAUUGUAGCGUUGCUCGAAUGGAUUACAACAGGUUUAUGAUCAUAUCCCCAACUAUCCAACAAACUAGGUGCCAAGCUUGGCUAAAGCGAAACCUGCCUCCAGACAGUCCAGUUCUUGUGACGGAUAUUACAUCUUUGUACACUGCUAUUUGUUUGAUGGGACCUUUGGCUCAAAGUGUGUUGUCUGACUUGACUGAUAGUUCUGUUUCUUAUAAAGAGUUUCCUUUCUUCACAUAUAAAGAACUGAACGUAGGACUGGCCAAUAAAAUUAAAACAUUUCAUCAAACACAUACUGGAGAGCUUGGAUAUGUUUUAUAUAUUCCGAAUGAAUAUGCUCUCCACGUUUAUGACGAAUUGAUGGAUAAAGGACAGAAAUACGGCAUCCAGCAUGCUGGAUACUUUGCACCUAAGGCUCUCAGAGUUGAAAAGUUUUUUGCUUUCUGGGGUCAGGAUCUUGAUACAACCACAACUCCUUUUGAAUGUGGUAGAGUGUACAGAGUUAAUUUUGAAAAAGGAGAUUUCAUGGGAAAAGAUGCUUUACUGAAACAGAAAGCAGAAGGUAUCAAGAAACGUUAUAUUCAACUUGUCCUGGAGGACCAUGAUACAGAUGAAGAUAUUUGGCCAUGGGGAUCAGAACCUAUAUAUGUAAAUGGAAAAUGUGCAGGAUUGACAACCACUGCUGGGUAUGGAUUCACCUUGAAAAAGCAGGUGUGCUUGGGUUUCAUUCGAAAUCUGGAUGACAAUGGUGUUCCUCAAGUAAUCACAAAUGACUUUAUUCUAAAAAGUGAUUUUGAAGUUGACAUUUGUGGCAGAAGAUUCCCAGCUAAAGUUAACAUCCAUUCACCUAACUUAUCAUCUGGUUUUGAGUAUGUCAUCGACUCCAAUGGAUAUAUUGCUACACAAUUCAGUGCUUGAAAUCUCAAGUUUAUGUAGUAAACAUUUGUAGAAAACUGUGAUUUUUGUGAAUAUGUUUAGAUUGUGUUUAAUAAAUUUACUGUUGCCAUGUUUUUAAAUAUUUAUCGUAAAUAAAGAUUUUUUGUUAUUACUGA